CUCUUGAUUUUCAUUAACAACUAGAGUCAGCUAGUAUCAAAAAUCAAAGCUGAAUACCAUGGUUUUCUUUCCGAGUACUAGUCAGAAACUAGUUUCCCUUGUGUUAGUUAUCUUCACAACUUGGUUUCUGUUAGUGAACUCAGAAAAAAGCGUUUCCUUUAACAUCAACAACUUCAAUUACAAUAAACCAGAUAUAAUCCUUCGAGGGAGUGCCAAAAUUUCAGACUAUGGCUAUUUGGCACUCACCGAUCCUAAUGAUUCUACGUUGCUUGUUGGCCAUGCCUUGUAUUCAAAACCCGUGCCCAUUUGGGACGGUCCCUCUGGCAACGUUGCUAGGUUUGUAACUUCAUUCUAUUUUGACGUUGAAAAUGUAGGAGAUUCAAAACCUGCUGAUGGCUUCGUCUUCUUUCUUGCUCCAGAUUCUGAAAUUCCUAACAACUCAAGUGGUGGGCAUCUCGGAAUAGUUGAUAGAAACAAAGAUCUCAAUAAUUUUGUUGGUGUCGAAUUAGACAAUUAUGUUAAUUCAUGGGAUCCAAAAUAUUCACAUAUUGGAAUCAAUUUCAACAGUUUAAUGUCGUUGAAGACGGUGCCAUGGAACAGGGCGGACAAAGCUUUGUCUCAUGUAACUAUCACCUAUGACUCUAUCUCUAAGACUUUGACUGUUGUAUUAGCAGACCAAAAUGGCCAAUUUACUACUCUUGGUCAAGUUCUUGAUUUGAAAGAGAUGCUCCCAGAAACAGUUAGGAUUGGUUUUUCUGCUUCCACGUCACGAGCAUCCCGUCAACUACACAACAUUCGUUCAUGGUAUUUCGGUUCAGUUUUGAAGACAGAUAAUAACAGCACCACAAAUUCUAUUGCAAGCGAUGCAUGAUUUCAUUUCUUCUGCUGUAUACAUAUGCAUGGUCACUACAGCUAGUAUUUUCUAAAUAAAGACAACACUAUGUGUCUAUCUUGUUAUCCAUCUUUGUUUGAAUGUUUUCUUUCUUUUUAUUUAAGACCAUGUUUGUACUAUGUUUAAAUUAAUAAUGUUAUUUA